ACAUCUGCUUUGGACAGUUUAAACCCCUCCUGUUCUCUUCCUUUGAGACUGCGUGUCUUUCUCCUGUGUUAUACUUUCACAAAGACACUAUGUCCAGGUUCAUAUUUAGUCUACUUUCAUAUCGUUCUACUCCAUAUGCCUAGUUACAACAAGAAAAAUAACAUUGUGACUUUUUUCUUUUCAUUUUAUCAGAUGAUCUCAUUGGUGUUGAUGUCUAUUGGCAUUUACGCGAGGAUGAUGAAACAUGCCGAGGCAGCCAUGGCCUGUCUAGCGGUGGACCCUGCCAUCCUGCUGCUGAUCGUGGGGGUUCUCAUGUUCUUCAUCACCUUCUGUGGCUGUGUGGGCUCCCUCAGAGAGAACAUCUGCCUCCUACAGACAUUCUGCAUCUUCCUGACUAUCAUCUUUCUGCUGCAGCUAGCUGCAGGUAUCCUGGGCUUCGUCUUCUCAGAUAAGGCACGGAAUAAAGUGAGUGAGAUCAUCAACAAUGCCAUCGUUCAUUAUAGGGAUGACAUUGACCUACAGAACCUCAUCGAUUUUGGUCAGAAAGAGUUCAGCUGUUGUGGAGGUGUCACCUACACCGACUGGUCUCAGAACAUGUACUUCAACUGCACCACAGACAACCGCAGCCGAGAGCGCUGCUCUGUUCCCUUCUCCUGCUGCCUGCUGUCUAGAGAUGAGGCGGUCAUUAACACAAUGUGUGGUCAGGGGAUGCAGGAGCUGCCAUUCCUGCAGGCUGGUGCCUUCAUCCACACCAAUGGCUGCAUCGACAAGCUGGUCAACUGGAUCCACAGCAACUUGUUCAUGCUAGGGGGCAUCGCCCUGGGUCUGGCUAUCCCACAGCUGGUGGGGAUCACCUUGUCUCAGAUUCUGAUCAACCAGAUAAAGGACCAGAUUGAGCUUCAGAACUACAACCUGCAGCACCGUACAGACCCUUGGCAGUAACCUGGUCAUGAUUA